UCGGAUACGACGCCAACGUGUCUCUGUUUUCUCUGCGGUGCGGAGUGACUUUCCCCAAAAAGUGGUUCUUGGAGACAUAGGGCAAGGGGAGAAGAAAAUAGCCCAGCAAAAUACUGCAAGGCAUUUGGUGAUUGGUGACCGCGCCAUUUGGGAAUGAUUUUGUUUUUGCAACACGACGUCUGAAUUAAGGAUCACUCGUGAUUCAGUGUUGCGGUUGUUUGGCUUUCAGGAUAGUGUUUGGCAGUGUGUCCGCGUUGUUCCCAGACUUGGGCAGCCCAGAUGAUAUCGGGGUGGUAAGCUUCCUUUCGGGAGUGUGCUUCACUAAACGUCAAAACAGUGACCCGGUGGGUGGUGUUCGGGUGGUUGAAGGAGAAAAAAAAAUCAAUCACUGGGCGUUGUAUUGCAUAAAACAGGGCAAAAUGCUGGUGCUGAGAAAUGCUGUUUAAGAAGUGGUAAAUUGGUGUUUUUUUCGGUGUUGUGUAAAAAAGCAGCAGCGAAUGCAAUGCCUGGAUGCUGGUUUUGACAGUGCGGCGAUAUAAAAAAAAACAAAUUGUUUUUGUGAGAUUUUUAUAGCCGACUGGGUGCGUAGGAGUAUGAGCAAGAGAGCGAAAGUGAGAGCAAUGUUCCAGCCGAGAAAUCCAUGUUUCAUCGUCAGCAUGUAAAUCAAAAAGCUAAAUCUAAUAUUUAACGGUUGAAUAAAUUCAUGACGCAUCGUGAUCAUGCUCGAUGCAUGGUAUUGUAAUCCGUUUGUGCUCCCCCGGUAACUCAAAAACCGAUUGUCCUAUCAGUGUGUAACAUCAAUUACACCCUUUUGAUCUUCGUAACGGAACAGCUGAGGUGAACGGAAAAAUAACUAUACUCGCAUUAGACGAGCAAAUUGUCGAGUAACAGUUUGGUGAUAAAUCUGAACGGAGAUUCGUGUUUAACCGGAUAAUUGGAUAUCAACAAACAAAUCAAAGUUCACAAACAUUGCACGGAAGGAUUAAUACUAAUCGUAUAGCAAGACUGGUUGUUCGGCAGUGUUCCACGCUCAAACCAUUCCUACAUUUGAAUACAUUGAAGGAUUCGCACAGCGGGACAGCAGAUUCUUAAUAGAUGCGCAUUACACCACUUGGGAGACUUAUUUUUAUAGCAGAACCACUUGCAAUUUUGCCGCUGCGGGCCACCAUCUGUUCUUUGGCUUAGACAGUGGCGACGAUAGCGCCGGAGCGGGAAGGUCGGCGAUUAUGAAAUGCUAUGACCCAGCACGACAACCUCGACACCGUGAAGAGUACGUUGGAUUUGCAUUUCCUUCUGCUGGCUCUGGUUGGGGAUCACUCUGCCUACGAGCCGGUGCCACCAUCACCGCCAUCAGGAACUGCUGGAUAUCCUCGUUAUCGCUGCGAUAAAAAAGGCCCCAGCUUGACAUUUGUAGUGCCAACCGGGCGGCACAAUCAUCAUCCUCGGCCGCCACGGCACUGAAUUACGGGUUCUAGAGGACACUUGCAAAGCCAGCCAAACCAAGCCAAAGUGGGUUGGAAGGAUAUGCCGAGAAGAGCAUAAUAUACAGUCAAAGAUUAUGACUCGGCAAUGAUUUUCAUCUCUCUCGGUUGACGCUGAUGAAGAUCUGCACCGACCGCGCCAUAACAGGAGAACGUGACGGGAAGGUGGCAAAAGAAUAAGCAGAGGGAGCAAAAAAAAAUAAGUGCAAACACUGGAAACUAAGUGCAGAUAGUUGUCUUCUAGCAGACUGGACAUCAGCGGUUCCGGUGUCAUCCGCUCGUGUCGUCGUGGUGCUGGAAAUGAUAGACAAAUAAGUUUUUCACCUUAAUGGGCCCCCAACCGGGUAUAUAUCGGAGCUAGAACAAAUUAAAAAGCUGGUUUCUGCCGGCACCAGUUUUAUUCCAACAGCUGGGACGUGAGGUGGUGAAAAAAAUUAUGCAUUAGUGUUUUAUUUCGAACUUUGAGAUAGCACUCCGAGAGACAGAUGCUGUGCGAUAUUCAGACCGGAGGGGAAAAAAUUAAAUGAAAAUGGAAAUACGGAAAAACCGGUGUGUGCCUCGAUAGGGAAUGCGAAACAGCACAAUCGUGAUGGCAUUGUGGGUGUGCUAGUGAGAGACUAGGAGUAUUUCAGAAAGAAAAAUCGCUAUUUCCCACUUAGAGUAGACUCACGGCGGGCGAAAGAAGAAAAAAGAACUUUAAUAUUAGCGUGGAUGAAUAGAAGCAAAGCAAGAUUAAAUUCAACUUUUUUUUUGCACUCGGCGGCGGAUAUUUCAAUCCUUAUUCGGUUUUCUUUUGUGGUAGAAAAAAGUGAUCAACCGUUCAUUGAUUAUCGACCAGAAAGCUACGCACAGUGAGAAGGUGGAAUAAUAACCAAUUUGGAAAAAAGGAGCAGCCCCAAACGGAAGCAAAAGAAGGCGAAGCGAACCAUUAUUGGAUCCGUCGGAAAAUGAGAAGCUCAAUUAAUAACUUGUUCUUAAAUAUCAGGGGAAUAAGUUGAACUCGAUCAAAAGCUAGAGCAACAGCGAAAACAGCAGUAUUGGAAAAAAUGUGGCUUAAUUUGGUGAUUCUGGGUUCACUGUUCAACAUAAUGCAUUUGUUGACAGGCGUCUAUGGAUGUCCCUCCGAGAUGUGCGUAUGCAAAUGGAAGGGAGGCAAACAGUCGGUUGAGUGCGGCGGCAGAAUGCUAACUCGCAUACCGGAAGGAAUGGAUCCAGGAACCCAAGUACUCAAUUUCUCCGGCAACGGACUCACCAUUCUGCAAAACGAACGCUUCAGAAAGAUGGAUUUGAUCAAUCUGCAGAAAAUCUACAUGGCAAGGAAUCAACUGAUCAAAAUCCACGACCGCGCCUUCAGAGGUCUCACAAAUUUGGUAGAGUUGGAUCUAUCGGAGAACAUGCUUUCGGUGGUACCAACGGAAACAUUUAUCGAUUAUCCCGCGUUAAUGCGGUUAUCCCUCAGUGGGAAUCCCAUCCGCGCGUUGCGAACAAAUGCUUUCAAACAUCUUCCCUUUCUGACCACCCUGGAACUGAGUAACUGUCAAAUCGAGUUGGUUGAGGACGAAGCCUUCAUCGGGAUGGACAACUUGGAGUGGCUACGGUUGGAUGGUAAUCGCAUUACGACCAUCCAAGGUAAUCAUGUUUUGCCAGAGUCCUUGCACGGAAUCAAUCUACAGGCGAAUCGGUGGCAGUGCGAUUGCCGAUUGCUUGAUAUCCACAUGUGGCUGAACAGCUUCAAUGUUCCGCAACGAGAGGAGCCCAAAUGUUCCGGACCUCCGCGACUCAGUGGUCAAACAAUAAAAAGUGUCCACCCGGAGGAGCUCUCCUGUCUCCCGGUUAUCACACCGGACUCCCUGUAUCGGGAAAUUGCCGAAGGAAGAAACAUGACACUCACGUGCAAAGUCACGGCUAUCCCGGAAGCGGUAAUUUCUUGGUGGUUCCAAGGUCAGCAGCUUCAGAACGAUAGCAUCACAACCACAAAUCUUCACCUUUUUCAGUACAGCGAGGAGACGGGGGAGGAUAAGCGUAGUGAGCUACUUAUAUUCAACACCAGUCCGGAUGACAACGGAACGUUUUCCUGUGUGGCAGAAAACUCGGCCGGUCGCGUCCAGGCUAACUAUACUCUUCAUGUUAUCGUUAAAGAAGAGCCCGUGGUUGAAGAGGUGACCUUCUCGGAGGAGUAUUUUCUAGUGAUCGUUGGAGCUAGCUCUGCAAUCGGGUUUCUACUGUUAAUCAUAGUUUGUGUACUCAUCUGUAAAUGUAGCAAAGGUAGUUCUAAGCGCACCGUAAACAAAAAAACGCGAGGAAAAUCGGGGUCUGACGCUACCAACAAUAGCCAGAAAUGUUCCUCGAUCACAAAUGAUAUGGGAGAAUCGUUAACAUGUGCGAAAAUCAAUGGAUCUGUUGCGAUUAGUGAAAGUAACCCCCAGGAUCUGGUACUGUAUUUGAACACUGGAAACAACCUUGAAAAAGCUGGACUGGGUAAUCUUGGUCUGGGAGGACAGGUUCAGUUCUGCAGUCCUCCCUCGGCCCGUAGCUACCAGGAUCAAAACCCGGAUCUGAUAAACGAUGCGGAGAGUGGGAACAAAAUACGACCACGCCACGAAACCCUUGAUUCGGACGUCGGCGAGAAGGAUUCCGAUGAGCAGAGCAGUGCACAGGAUGCAAGCAGUGAAGCAAGCUUCCAGCAAAGCUACUUCCAGCCUCCGAUGGGUGUUCGGCCUAUGGGGCCACGUUUCUCUGCCUUGUCCACACUGCCAAGAGGUAUGAACAAAGAAAUGUAUCAGCAUCAGGUGGACAUUCAUUUGAGUCCAGGGUGCUUCCUGGAUCAAAAUGGUUACCCCAUUGAUCUGAAUCUUAUGACACAGAGCGGCCCUACUGUUAAUUACUACCGGACAUUACCCCACAACCGCGGCCAGAAAGGGCAGCCCGGCAAAGUUCGCUAUGCGAACGACGCCGAAUUUAUCACGCGAACUACCCAAACGUAUCAACUUUACGGUGGCCCACCGGAUGUACGAUAUACUGCCGAGGGAUAUCCCCAGCAGCCGGGCAGCGACGCAACCGGCACGAGUCAAUUUCCCUCACCACCGGACGGUUACAAGGGUGAUUUAAGUGGUGUCCAGCAGGUGUCCUACAUGAAUCCACCCGCAGCGAUCUGCGUUGGCCCUGCGCCUCCCCAGCAAUGGCCAUCGUUUCUGCCAGGUUACCACACACAACUUAUACCCAUCCCCAGUCAGCAGGCGGGAGCAGAAUUCAACCGUUACUUACCUCCGUCAGUUAUGGCCGGUUCCGCCCCAGCGCAGGCGGUACCCUGCAGUAGUAAUCCAGCGGGACCGGUUCCGGUUCUGAAAAAGUGCGUCGGUGCCCAGACAGGCGACCUGUCGGACAAGGACGUUAUCCCGGAGCAGCGCGAGGAGGAAGAGGAAGCGGAACACGAAAACGGCACCAAGCUGAGGCACCUCUCCGGCCCACUGGCCGACAGUCCGGACGAGGGCUACGUGGGUGACAGCCACGAAACGACGGACAUUUGACAGAAGAUGAAACCCCCGAUCAUGGACAAGCUGAAGCUGCACCCAUCCGCCUCUCUACAGCUGGAAUCGGAUGAUGUGCACUUAUAAGGGUGUGCGUUAGACAAGCGGUGAUCGAUGUGAGUAUUUAUAUAUGUAUGCGAGAGUGUGAUGAUCAAUGUGUGCAAGUGAGGUUAGGAUACUAAUUUACUGUUUUGAAAAAAAAAAUCUUCUUUGGGAUGCGAUUGGUGAUGGAAGAAAUGUGGUAAUACUUACAUCGUUGUUAUAUUAUCAACAAUGUUGAUAUUUUUGUCAAAAGAUUUUCUAUUUUAAAUUGUAUGUACAAGUUUAUUUAAAUAGUCUUAUGUUUUUAUUUUCAAGAUAACUUACAAAUAAUAAACAAGUAUCAAAGUUGCCCCGAAUUUUUUUUCUCAUUGAUGUGCAAUUGCACUGUAAUAACUUAACAUGCCCGAAGAUAGUUCAGAGUAUUAUUUUUCUUGGAUAUGCAUUAGAUGCUCGAACAAAAUUUGGUUGAUGCAAAACAUAAAGCAUUAAACGCACCAUAUUAAUUUUAAAACUAAAAGUUUACCAAUUCUCGAUUCACUAUUUUCUUCAAAUAUUCUUUCUUACCGCUAAUGAAAAUCGAAAACAAAAUAUACAAGUAUCAAUUCCGGAAUUUUAUCGAAAAUUCCCAUUGCAAAAAUUCGGAAUGAUUAGUUUCACGAAGUUUUUCACAAGCUAGUCCUGUACCUAUUGAUUAUUCAUAAAAAUAACCACACCUUCGCACUGGGAUAUCUCAACGAUCGUGCUCUUGGGGUUCAGCGUUGUAUAGGAUUCGUCAUUCAUAAGUGCUGGGGGAUCUCAUUUUUUUCAGUAGGGGCCUUGAACCACUGCGAUCUUUUCAUUCCAUUGUGAUAAAGUUUACUUUAUAUGCAAAAUCAGUUGAGUGAUGGAACAAACGGAAUAAGUGGCAGUCGCACUUGGACUUAGCAUCGCCCCCAAAAAGAUAUGGCUUCUUUCAUGUUUCUUUACUUGGUUCAGAAGACCACAUCAUUCAAGUUUCUUGAUUUCUGCACCUGCUGAACAUUUCCGUGUCCAUAGAUUCCCGUAUGGUAUUUUUGGUCAUACGAACAGCAUCCAUGCAAAGGACAGCAAUCGCAUCUAUAUCACAGUUCUGAACUGAAGCCAUUAUUUUGUCAGCUUUCUCAUUAGUUACACAAUCAAAACUACCCGGGAUUCAGUAAAGUGAGACUUCUCCGUUAUGCUAUGCCGCGAGAGACGUGUUAUGAAAGCAGUUUUACUUUUCAGCUUCUAUAUUAUACCAGAGUCUAUAACAGAAGAAGACACGACUUCGGCAUUUAGCAACGUUAUUCGUCUACCAGAAUACUGUGACUCGAACUAUCUCUUAUCGAAUACGAAAACCUCGGUGAAAAGGAGCCAGAGGUCUUCGGAGAAGAUAACCGGUUUUCUAGACUGAGGUGGGUUAUGGGUAGAGGCUGUCAAAAGUGUGUAGGCUCCAGUUCUUAAGAUGAAAAGAAUGAAGGUAAGGAGGAACAGGUAUUUGUGUACUCGCUGGUAAUUCCGUAGUCUACCUUGUCAUUUGUAAUGAACAAAGUGUGUGGGAAUGUUUCAGAUGGCGUAUCAUCGUCUUUAGUUAGGAUCAGUAGAGAGAGACUAUUUUUGAAUCUGGGAAAAGGUUGAAGUUAGUCUAGACUGUAGUAGUUGAUUUGCCCUCACUACCAGGGAAACAUUUUCAAGUCCUUUGAGGUUGAAUAGCUCAGCCUUAGUCAUCAUACAGACCGCCAAUCGAUAACCACGUGAAAACCGUAACCAUGAAAAAACCGGUCAUUUUACUCUAACUUUUAUAUUUCAAAUUCUACAUCAAAAUUGUCUUCGUACGACUUUUAGAGCCAAUACUAACAUUUUGCGAGGCAGAAUUGGUCAAUAUCUCAAUCCUGCUCAAAGUUAUUGAUGGGUUUUCACCCAAAAACUCAUUAUUUCAAUUUUAAUUUACUCAAAUACAAAAAAAUAACAUAUCUUUGAAAAUCACAUAUUAUAUAGAGCGAAUUUUUUUCUUUCAAAUCCCUUCAACGACCAUUUUUUAUUUUUGCCCAGAAAGAACAAGAACAAGAACAAGAAAACAGUUUUUUUAAUGGUGACCCUAACGCGACUUAUAAAAAAGUGCUCUAUCGGUUAUUUCAAGAGAUAGAAAAAAUCUUUGUUCUACAAAGAUGUCUCAAAUAACUGGGACUACAACACUGACCAAUUAUAUUUACCUCUAUCUAUAGAGAUUAGAAAGUUAGAUUUUUUAUUUCAUCGAAAAUGUUGGUCAUCCUAUUUUUGGCAACAUGAAAAUGAGCGCUCUAUCAUAUGUAACAACUAUGUCGAAGACAGUUUUUGUCUAGAGACUAACUGUCGAGCUCUAAAUGCUAAUUUCCACUUUAAUGCAUCUCCUUGACCAUGCUGCGAUGGAGUUGAUAAACGAUUGAAGUAUUUUUAUGGCAAUAUUCUGUAGUGACGAAAGGUGAUAAGAGUGAGGUAGUCUGCAUAAACCAAAAUACAGAAUAUCUCCGAAGAAUGUUUGUAUUUGUUAUGAUUUUUACAAAUCAAGAACAAGUAUGCUCCUUUCCAAGCAGGAAUAAAUGUGAUUUUGAAGUACUGCUAAGAAGACUAGACCACGAGACACCAUCUGAUGAAUAUUCUGUUAUCCAUUUCUAAAGAAUCCUACCAAUGCAGUUCAAAGGGAUUUUGGUCGGAAGCUGUUAGCAAAAACUUUAUGCCGAGUUUAGAAAUGGGGAUUAGUAAGCCUUCCUUCCAACCAUCGGGGAUUUGUCCGGCGAUUUAUGGUCAUAUAUUUGGUUGAAGUAAUACAAAGGCAUAGUUUUUCUGAUAAGAGAAAGAUUUUCUAGAAUAGGACAAAUCAUGAAGCCCAUAAAGAACCCAUUCUACCUCCUCAAAUGAAUAACCUUAUUUGCAAUAUCUGUUAGAUGAUUAUAAAUUGAUGAUGGAUGGAUAGUUUGAAGUAUGGAAAUUUGGAUGGAUAGCAAAUCGUAAUUGAUUGACUUUGUCCCAAUGUUCAUUUGCGGAACUGUUUAAAAUUAUGAGACAGUCUUGUUUGCUCUCCUCUUUACUAGCGGGUUUUGAACCUAGAGUUACCAGUUGAGACGAAACGAGACGAAAAAACAUUCUCGUUGAACUUCCGAGAUAGAGAUUUUCCACAUUUCUUUCUCUCUGAAAAAAAAUUUUCGGUUAAAGGAAGAGACGAAAAUAUCAACAAUACACGGUUCAUCAAAAACUAAAUUGAUUGACUGAAUAUUAAUCGGGCAGCCGAGCGAGAAUUUCGAUCUCUGCUUCCAAGAGGUCGUCGAUCAAUCAUAUUUCAGGAUCACCAAGUUUGAACGAUGGUGCCAUCGAUUCGUAAACAAUGCAGUUCGAAGAACCAGGGGAAGCCAAUCAACUCAACACUUUACAAAUGUGUUGAUGGGUGCAAACAGGUUUAAUGUACUUAGUUGAGAUUGUUCAGCAAGAAAACUUCCGUAGAGAAAUAAAAUCAAUUGGGGCUUCAAAAAUCUCUCUUGCAAUGAUGUGUUACCAGAGCAACCCACAACUGAAACAUCAGCUGAUGCUUCAGCUUACCACCACCUUGGUAAGGGGCUAUCCACAUACCACGUGAACAGAAAAAGCAUGAUUUUAGACACUCCCCUCCCCCUCCGUGGACAAGCGUGGACAUUCCUUACACCCCUCCCCCUGUUGUCCACGUGGACAUUCCUUCAGUUUUUGAAAAAAAAUCAAUAAAAUUCAUUUUUUAGUUUAAAUUUCAUUUUAAGUUUGUUUCUACUUUCUAUUCCUGGCUGGCUAUUUUAUAUUAGAAUGGUCAAUUUCAGCGGGAAUAUUAAAGUAGAUAAGUCGGGGUCAGGACUACGUAUUUCAAGUACUCAAAUAACACCAAGUCAAAAUUUCGUUCAAAUUUGAGAAAUUUCAAAUCGGAUUUGAGCCUGCUAAUAUAAUAGAAAGUAUUUUGUCUCAAAACACGGAUGUCAAUAUUGUACAUUCGUGAUCGCGGAUUGCAAAAUAUUUUCUCGUCUAAGCAUCAGUGACUUUCCCUUUUACAGGUUCGGUAGUGCCUGGCGGCUAGAAUGAACCCAGUCAAAACAAAACACUUGCAGAACCAUCGUGAUCGACAAUUACGUUGACCUAUACUACCGUUCUACGCAUAGUUGUCCCAUGUUCCAAAAUCAGCAACUGAGAAAACGCAAUCAAAGUUUACUAUCAUAUUUAUCAUAUUUGUCUACCAGAAGCUUUAGGCAUUUCAAUUUAGCAAUACACCGAGUUUUUUGUAUGUAGUAAACUAUUGUUUAAUGAAAAGCCACAAGAUAUCUUCACUUGAUUCAAUCAAACUUAAUUACUGGCUUAAAAUUCAUGGUGGGACAGUUAUGCUUACAAUAUCAACAUGGGACAAUUGAGCAAAAUGAUGUUUUUUAAGAACUGGGAAAAAACAAUAAGUUUUUUGUGUUUUUCUGGAAGAUUAUGCGACGUUUUUACGUUUUUUAAAGAAAAGUAAAAAUGAUCAAAAAGUAAUAAAGGACGACUAUGCGUAGAACGGCAGUAUAACUCAUAAUUAUUAAAUCAUGCUAAGUAUUGUCCGGAAAAAUUCGUGCCGAUUCUGAGGAAGAAAUCAAAAGCAUAUUUUUUAUAGACAUACAUCUAUUCGAUUAUGCACUGCGUUUCAUAACUAUAGAACCACUCAUUUUUUCUGAUCUUCCAGAGAUAUGUAAGAAGUCGGUUGAAUUGAAGUAUUCAGUGUAGAAUAUAACAACUAUCUUCAUUCAUAAGACUGGCCAUUUCAACUUUAAUGUUGUGUUCAGGUGCGAAACAUUUGAAAAACAAAAAUUCUAGUGUUUCAUAACUAUAGAACCAGAUGGAAAAACUCCCGCUCCUUUACAAAAUUAACGUCAAUCACACAUUAAUUACAAUAAGUUUCCAAUUCAUAGGUCAUCUUUAGUUCUCAAUCAGUUCAAAUAACCCAUUCGGGAUGGUUUUGACUAAGCUGCGCUAUGUUGUAGUGUAUAUCUCGUUCUAAGCAGAGGAUACUUCUCGUUUAAGCUCUUCAAAUCAUUCAUACUGCUUGUAAGCUGCAUCUUCUAUUCGUACGAUCACUCCUCAUAAGUUCCUGAUAGGGUUUUGAUCUGACCUAUCCAGAAUCUGAAGCCACUAUUUAAUAAAUCAUGUAUUGCCUUUCGGAUUUUAUGAAUCGAUGCAAAAUUACCCAAUUAUCACGGCGUUUUUGAUGCAAAAACAGAAGUAAAUGAUUCUGAAGAACUUCAUUGCACUUCUGACGGUACAUUGGUGUUGAUGAAAAGCCAUCUGAACCAGGCCGUUUUGAAAAUAUUUUCCUCAAACCAUCAAACCGCCGCCUGCAAAGUUACGAUUUUUAUGGUUUGGAGAGAAUUUUCUCAGAAAGGCCUGAUUCAGUUAGCUUACCAUCAACGCGAAUGAACAGUCAAAAGUUCAACAAAGUACUUCAGAAUCAUUUACUGCUGUUUUAGCAUCAAACACAAUGUGAUCAUUGGGUAAUUUGGCAUCAAUUCAUAAAAUGAUGAUCAUAGCAUGGUUUAAUGAAUAGAGGCUCCAGAUUCUGGAUUGGUCAGCUUUUUUACCAGAUCAAACUCCUGUCAAGAACUUACGAGGAGUGAUCGUACGAAUAGUAGAUGCAGCUUACAAGCAGUAUGAGUGAUAUGAAGAGCACAAACGAGAAGUAUCCUCUGUGUAGAACGAGAUACACAUUACAACAUGGCACCCCUUGGUCGAAACCAUCCUGAAUGGGUUAUUUGAACUGAUUGAGAACUAAAGAUGACCUAUGAACUAGAAAUUUGUUGUAAUUCAUGUGAAAUUGACGUUUAUUUUGUAAAGAAGUGAGGGUUUUUCCAUCUGAUUCUAUAGUUAUGAAACACUGGAAUUUUUGUUUUUUGAAUGUUUCGCGCCUGAACAUAACACUAAAGUUCUAAUGGC